AUGUCGAGUGGUCGAGGUCUUCAAAUGUAUCUGAAUCAUGGCUGCAAAUCUGAGGAUCGCCGUAUACCGUCCUUUGGUGAGCUCCUCAAGGCGUGCUCCAUCCCACCAGGCCCAUCACUUCAACCCUCUGGAAUCACUUCAUUUAAGGUGAGUAAAGAUGUGGAUCGUUAUGUUCAAUAUUAUCCAAGUCCGCCUCAAACUGCUCUGUCAUUGCAAUUCGUUCCACGCCCCGCGUUAACUUUACAGAACAAUUUUCAGCCUUUACUACCACCAUCGAACUGGAUGGCUGCCAGCCCUCCCGUGAGUCCACAACUUUCAUGCAGAAGAAAGUCCUCCGAAGGGGACGGACGUCAGUUGGUAAACCUUGUUGAGAUGGACAAAGUUCUUCUAGCGAAGCAAAGUCCAGAGCCCAUAACGAAAGAGUCCAUUAAGCGACUUAUCGACUACCACAAGAAUGCAGCCAAGCUUUUACUGCAAACACAAGGAAUAAUAUCAGGAAAGGUUAGCAAGCCAACCAAAAGAAAAAGUGACAAGAAGCGGCCAUCGAAAAAGCUCAAACAAUCGGUAAAGAAUGAUGAUCAUGGUGAGCUUUCAUUUACGGUGAAACCAGUGGAGGUGGCCACCACAGAGCCUUCGUAUCCGUGCCACAAUAAUCAUUAUUUGAACAAGGACUUAUGCAUCAAGAAUAACACUAAAUGCUCGCAAUGUGGAUCGACAAAGACUCCCGAAUGGCGGUCUGGACCUGACGGAUGUCGCAGUUUAUGCAAUGCUUGUGGACUCUUUUUCACUAAAUUGACCAAAAAAGUGGGAAUGACUGCUGCCAGUGAAGUGCUUGCAGAUCGUAAACGUGAUGGAAAUCCACUUGACCGGAGAAUUAGUAUAGGGUAG